UGUGCCUAUACGACACCUUGAAGGGCGACAGGAGCGUGUGGGUGUGAAAAGGAGCGAGUAUAAAGUAGGAGGGUUUAAAUGCGCUGUGAAACAUUUCAUCGUUGGACGCGGGCAGGACUGGAACCUCAGACCACUCAACUUUUCUUGUGCACACUGGACUAUGGCAUUGUUUUUUGACCAGUCGUUCGAUUUAGUUCAAAAAAUAACCGUGGACACGGAAAGAGAUUUUAUUUUCAACACAAACAUGGUCCAGUUUACAGACGUAACAACCAAGCAUACGCUGUCUUCUCCUGAACUCGAAAGAACUUACCACGCUGAGGGGCAGAGGAAAAGGAAGAGGACGAUUUUCAGCCGCGCGCAACUGUCAGAACUGGAGCGCGCUUUCAUGAUUACGCCAUAUCCAGACAUCACGCUGCGCGAGAGACUGGCUGCGCUCACUCUGCUCCCAGAAAGCAAAAUUCAGGUGUGGUUCCAAAACAGACGGGCUCGCAGUAUGAAAAGCAAGAAGCUGACCACACCAGUAAGGAGGAGUUCAGGCAGGGAAGUGAGCUCUGGCUGUAUACCUGUAGCGUCCUUUCCAUCAACCAAUCUUGAUUUAAACCCAGAACAAAAUUCUGGCGUCCAAGAACAAGUAACAGAGGCCAACAGAGGCCCGCGUCACCAUCAGCAAAGCCUUAGACAAGCUCUGAGUCCCUGGUCCCAAAAUCUUCCACCGCCACCCUCUAUUUCCCCAGACCUGCCUGGAGUUCUGCAGUGGGGGAACAGACACCCUGAAACACCUGGAGCGUCAUCUUUCUCCAAUUGUCCAUCAGACAGGUUGGCUCAAUAUUCGUUCCAAAACCAGCCGAACGGUCUCUGGCAGAUUAACUGCUUUACAGCUCACCCUGAAGGUUUCUCUGGACAUCAGCUGAAAUCUUACUGUACUGCCAAUCAGGGCUUAUAUUCUUCCAUGUCUGUGGACCAUGUGAUUCCUACACAUCAAACCAGUUUGGAUGGAGCAUUACAAAGACAGGCUUUGACACACUACCCUCAGACCUCACUGGGAGAUAUUUCUGACCUCAUAUAUAAAGCAGCUGUAGUCACCAAUCUGGAGGACUGCUAAACUGUAUAUUUCAUGUAUUGUUACAUAAACACUAUUGUAAAAUACUGUCUCUGGUGAACUGAUGUCAGUUGUAUGUCUCAAAUGUGCUAAUGGUACUUAUUUUAAUAUGUGCGAAUGGAACAUGUUUCCUCUUCUUUUCUUUUUUCUUUUUUUUUUUUGUUGCUAUUUUGCACAACUGCAGAUGUGAAGAGCUAGUUUAGGAUUGUCCAGGAUUCCCGUGUCAGUUUGAAUUAAUGCAAAAUAUUUUGAUUUCGAACAAAUUUAAAUAAUGUUUUCAGUAUGUUUCUGUGUGGUGUCCUCUGUAUUCUCUUUAUCAAGAUGUUCACAUUGUGUGUAUUAAUAUUUAUAUAAAUAAAUCACUUGUCUAUUUAUUUACGUUCACCUUUAACAAAUUAAUAGGUAUCUGUGCCAUAAAACAGUUGUGACAAUAUUAAUUCUUCACAGGUAAGCAUCUCCUUUGUUUGCAAAACUUGUAACAAAUAUUAGGAUAUUGUUGCAUUAAUCUAGCAUGUACUAAUAUACGAAUCAAUCUCGACUAAUCUUUUGUUCAUGACAUCUAAGGCAUUGUGGGUUUUUAUAUAAUCUUAAAAAUAAGACAACCACAUCCACCUCGCCAGAACAAAAACAAAACCUGGGAAUAAACAAUAAAUGUAAAAAACAAAAUCAUAAACAAUAACAUUUAAAAAAAAAUUAAAUACCUCAGGGCUCAUGUUUUAUCAGCUUAUGGGUCUUAGAUUACAUUUGGAUUUGAAGAUCCAAACAGUAUAUUACUAUCGAAGUAAUUAUAGAGAAAAUAUCAUGGACCUCCCAGG